AUGGAAAAGCGAGGUUUGAACAAUGUGUAUGUGAUCAGCGGACUGACGACCAUCGGUGGCCUAAUACAGGGAUUCGACGUGUCGAGUAUGUCCGCGAUCAUUGGCACCGAUGAGUAUAAGAAGUACUUCAAUAAGCCCAACGCAGUUCGACAGGGUGGGAUCACGGCCAGUAUGGCAGGCGGCUCCUUGUUGGGGUCCCUUGUGUCAUCGUGGACCAGCGACCGAUUUGGUCGUCGUGAUUCUCUGUUUAUUGCAUGCAUCAUUUGGUUGAUUGGAUCAACAUUGAUGUGUGCUGUGCAGGACGUUGCGAUGCUGGUCGUGUCGCGAGUCUUGAACGGGUUUGCGGUGGGAAUGCUGACCAGUCAAGGCCCCAUUCUUAUUGCAGAGAUCAGUCUACCUCAUCAACGUGGGCGGCUGCUGUCGUUACAGCAGUGGAUGAUUACCUGGGGGAUAUUGAUCAUGUACUUCAUCAGUUAUGGCGCAUCAUUUAUGGGGAAUAAUGGCGUGUUUCGCCUUCCAUGGGGUCUUCAAAUGAUCCCAGCUAUUGUGCUGCUAGCUUUUCUUCCCAUGAUACCCCGAUCACCUCGUUGGUUAGCAUCGCAGGAUAGAUGGGAGGAAGCCACAGAAGUGCUUGCUCGGCUACAUGGCAACGGUGAUACUCUUGACCCUAUCGUCGUAGCACAGAUCCAUGAAAUUCGUGAGAAGAUCGAAUUGGAGCGUCAAUAUGAAAGCACAUCUUGGCUGGAACUAUUUAAUAAGCGCAACAUAGUUCGAGUACAUUGCGGUAUCUUCACACACGUAUGGUCCCAGUUGACGGGCACCAACGCAAUGAUGUAUUACAUUGUGUACAUCUUUCAGAUGGCUGGCCUCACUGGGAACGCCACGCUUCUCUCGGCCUCUGUUCAGUACAUUAUCAAUGUUGUGAUGACAUUGCCUGCUCUCAUCUUUAUUGAUCGUCUUCCCCGGCGUCGCCUCUUUAUCUUCGGCGCUCUUGCAAUGGGUAUUCUCCAAUUUACCCAGGCAGGACUCGUGGCUUCAUACGGCCACAGCGUACCAGGUGGCUUGGAAGGAUCACCGACCGUGACAUGGAAAGUCACCAACUCAAAGGCCUCGAAAGCCAUCAUUGCGUGCUCUUAUCUUUUUAUUGCAUCCUAUGCGCCAACUUGGGGUCCUCUCGGCUGGGCAUACCCUCCUGAAAUCAUUCCACUAUACAUUCGUAGCAAGGCGGUGUCUCUUGCAACUUUCUUCAACUGGGGAUGCAACUUUGCCCUGACAUUCUUCACUCCUCCAGCAUUCCAAAAUAUUCAGUGGAAGAUCUAUUGUGUAUUCGGCACAUUUUGCUUCGCUGCUGCGAUCCACGUAUUCUUUCUCUUCCAAGAAACAUGUGGCAAGUCCUUGGAAGAGAUUGAUGUAAUCUUCGAGAAGGAGAGUAUCUGGGCAUUCAAAGCUAGCCAAGAGCCUAGUCGCUUGACUGCCGAUAUUGAACAAGCGAAGGAGGACCUGAGUGUAGGAAAAUUGGGGUUAAGCCAUGUUAAGCAGCAAGAAGCAUGA